UAGCGCUUUCGUGCUUCAGCUCAACACUGCUUCUAGUGUUGAGCAACAGUCUUUCUCACUCUUGUGUAUGUGUUGGAGACCCCAAGAAAAUUGGAUUACUCUGAGAAAUGUCAGUAGCACCUUCGCUCCCUCGCUUCCACUCCCCCUUUCUUUGUUGCCCUCUCAAGCUCUCUCCUCCAACCAUUUCUUUUCUCUCCUACAGACCCACGAGAAAUCAACGGUCGCCGGCGUCUUAUCCAUGCAUUCGAGCUCUUGAUCUUGAUCAAAACACGGUAGUGGCAAUAUCAGUGGGGCUUGUGAGCGUUGCGGUUGGGAUUGGCAUUCCGGUCUUCUAUGAAACCCAAAUUGAUAAUGCUGCAAAGCGAGAUAACACUCAGCCCUGCUUUCCCUGCACUGGCACCGGGGCACAGAAAUGCAGAUUUUGCAUGGGAACUGGAACGGUGACAGUAGAGCUUGGUGGGAAUGAGAAGGAAGUCUCUCGAUGCAUCAAUUGUGAAGGUGCGGGUUCAUUGACAUGCACCACAUGUCAAGGCAGUGGCAUACAACCUCGAUACCUUGAUCGAAGAGAAUUCAAAGAUGAUGACUGAACCCCAAGAAGUGGCGGUGAUUUUGAUGCCAACUCAUUGCCUAAUUAACUCAUUGCUGGAGAGGAAUUGGAAGAAAUCAGCAUCUCACUACUUUUGUUUGCAUACACGUCUUCUGCAUUCUGUCUAGUGUCUAGUGUUUUUUCAUGACUUCAUCUUAUGUAUAAUUUGAUUAUUGAUACAACUAUCUAUCUUAUUCUUUUACGUA